AUGGAACUGAUUACAACCACAAACUUUCAACUUAUGAGAUGGGCAAAUGAGUUAAAUAUAUCACCGUUUUAUUAUUGCAUGAGAGAUGAAAUAAAUGAUCUGAAAUAUAAGAAAGGUUUGUCAACUCAGUAUCUCUUUCAGAGAGUUCACAUAGCUAAUAAUGUUUUUUGGUAUUUAGGUUUGUCAACUCAGUAUCUCUUUCAGAGAGUUCACAUAGCUAAUAAUAUUUAUGUGGUAUUUAGUUUAAACCUAUCGAGAGCUAGAGGUGAUAAUAUUUUUAGUUUAAACCUAACGAGAGCUAGCGGUGAUAAUAUUUUUAGUUUAAAUCUAACGGGAGCUAGCGGUGAUAUCAUUUUUAGUUUAAACCUAACGAGAGCUAGAGGUGAUAUUAUUUUUAGUUUAAACCUAACGAGAGCUAGAGGUGAUAUUAUUUUUAGUUUAAACCUAACGAGAGCUAGAGGUGAUAAUAUUUUUAGUUUAAACCUAACGAGAGCUAGAGGUGAUAUUAUUUUUAGUUUAAACCUAACGAGAGCUAGAGGUGAUAUUAUUUUUAGUUUAAACCUAACGAGAGCUAGCUGUGAUAUUAUUUUUAGUUUAAAUCUAACGAGAGCUAGAGGUGAUAUUAUUAAUAGUUUAAACCUAACGAGAGCUAGAGGUAAUAAUAUUUUUAGUUUAAACCUAACGAGAGCUAGAGGUGAUAUUAUUUUUAGUUUAAACCUAACGAGAGCUAGAGGUGAUAUUUUUUUUAGUUUAAACCUAACGAGAGCUAGAGGUGAUAUUAUUUUUAGUUUAAACCUAACGAGAGCUAGAGGUGAUAUUAUUUUUAGUUUAAACGUAACGAGAGCUAGAGGUGAUAUUAUUUUUAGUUUAAACCUAACGAGAGUUAGAGGUGAUAUUUUUUUUAGUUUAAACCUAACGAGAGCUAGAGGUGAUAUUAUUUUUAGUUUAAAUCUAACGAGAGCUAGUGGUGAUAUUAUUUUUAGUUUAAACCUAACGAGAGCUAGAGGUGAUAUUUUUUUUAGUUUAAAUCUAACGAGAGCUAGAGGUGAUAUUAUUUUUAGUUUAAACCUAACGAGAGCUAGAGGUGAUAUUAUUUUUAGCUUAAACCUAACGAGAGCUAGAGGUGAUAUUAUUUUUAGUUUAAACCUAACGAGAGCUAGAGGUGAUAUUACUUUUAGUUUAAAUCUAACGAGAGCUAGUGGUGAUAUUAUUUUUAGUUUAAACCUAACGAGAGCUAGAGGUGAUAUUAUUUUUAGUUUAAACCUAACGAGAGCUAGAGGUGAUAUUAUUUUUAGUUUAAACCUAACGAGAGCUAGUGGUGAUAUUAUUUUUAGUUUAAACCUAACGAGAGCUAGAGGUGACAUUAUUUUUAGUUUAAACCUAACGAGAGCUAGAGGUGAUAUUAUUGUUAGUUUAAAUCUAACGAGAGCUAGAGGUGAUAUUAUUUUUAGUUUAAACCUAACGAGAGCUAGAGGUGAUAUUAUUUUUAGUUUAAACCUAACGAGAGCUAGAGGUGAUAUUAUUAAUAAGGAACUUAUUAAUAAUAAAAUCAUUCAAUCUAUUUCCUCAAGACUAAGUUUUAACCAAAGAAAAAACUAG